AUGAGCAAGAAAGUACUUUUGAUGGGAAAAAGUGGGUCUGGCAAGACCUCGAUGCGAAGUAUAAUAUUUCAUAAUUAUGUCGCGAAAGAUACACGUCGUCUUGGUGCAACCAUCGACGUCGAGAACUCUCGGGUUCGAUUUCUCGGCAACCUGGUUCUAAACCUAUGGGAUUGCGGCGGUCAAGAUAUGUUUAUGGAGAACUAUUUUGCGUCUCAACGCGAACAUAUCUUCCGUAACGUCGAGGUGCUUAUCUAUGUAUUUGAUGUCGAAUCAAGAGAUAUCGAAAAAGACAUGCAUUACUAUCAAGAUUGUCUUGAAGCGAUACUCGUGAAUUCGAAAAAUGCCAAGGUUUUCUGUUUAAUACAUAAAAUGGAUCUAGUGCAAGAGGAGAUGAGACAUCGAGUAUUCGAAGCAAGACUUAACGAGUUAAACACGCGAUCCGAGCCUGUUAAAAUCACAGCGUUUGCCACAUCAAUAUGGGACGAAUCCCUUUAUAAAGCUUGGUCGUCCAUAGUUCACUCCUUAAUUCCAAAUGUAAAAUUGCUUGAGUCACAUCUUCAGAAUUUCGCGACCAUUUGUGAAGCUGAUGAAGCCGUGCUGUUCGAGCGAACUACAUUUCUAGUCAUCUCUCACUGCACGAAGAUGGAUAAUACAGAUAUUCACAGGUUUUCGAAAAUCAGCAAUUACAUUAAAUUGUUCAAGAUGAGUUGUAGCAGAGCACAGGCGCAGUUCAAAAGUAUGGAAAUUCGACAGGCCGACUUCGCUGCAUUCAUCGAUGUCUUAACCGCGAAUACCUACGUUAUGGUGAUUAUGUCAGAUUUGAGUAUUGAACCGUCGGCGACCAAGAUGAAUAUUAGUGUUGCGAGAAAACAUUUCGAAAAAUUAGAAGUAUCACACAUUGCCCGAUGA